AUGGACACUAAAUUGCGGUGGGACUAUCACCGAGAAAAACUGGAAGCCGGAGCUACCUCGAGACUGUCUGCUCUCUCGGCCCUGGCCUCCUCAUCCUGGGGCACGGGUCUGAUGAAUCUUCGUCAAGUAUACAGAGCAGUGAUCGUACCUCAGAUGCUGUAUGGCUGCUCGGCAUGGUUCAUCCCUGGCUCAGGUUGCACAAGUCGGGGUAGCUCUAUGAUUAGCGCUUUUCGAAACGUGCAACGCCGCGCCGCGCAAAUCAUCACGGGCGCUUUCCGAACGACAGCAGGCAGCGCAGUUGACGUUGAGGCCCACCUGCUGCCAGUGCUUCAACAGCUUGAGCAAACAGCGGUGGAGACAACGGUGCGCAUCAGAACCACGCCGCUUUUCGAUGACAUGGCCGUGAUUGAGGGUAACCGGGAGAGAGGGCGUCCGAUUUCCGAUGCGGUAAGCCCUCUUGACCGGUUUUCAACACUACUGGAGGAUAAGUUUGGUAUUCCACCCAAUCAACUCGAAAAACGACGGCCACACGUGGUGCCGCCGUGGUGGGCGCCCCCAAUUGUCCGCAUAGCGAAGACGGCCGCAGAAGCCAUCAAAGAACACGACGCCAUGGAACCAGGAACAAUCCGCAUCUAUACUGACGGUAGCGGCAUUAAUGGCCACGUUGGCGCAGCUGCGGUCGCUCCUGAUCUCUCGUUCGACGGCAUCAGCAAGAAACGAAUGCAGUACAUGGGCACCUCUGACGUAUCCACGGUAUACGCCGCGGAGCUCCGUGGACUGGUUCUGGCUCUGCAAGUGGCUCUCGACGUGCACAAAGCAGGGACCCCUCCCGGCCGGUGUGCGAUCUUCACCGACAACCAGGCGGCACUUCAGGCUGUCCUAAACCCGAAGUGUCCAUCCGGCCAUUCCAUUGGAUCGCCUCACAUGUCGGAGUGCCUGGAAAUGAAGCUGCGGACCUAG